AUGUACAAGCUGUUCAUUUUGCUGUCACUGUGCGUGGCCAUCGCCUGUGGGGCGCCUGGCCUGUUGCAUGCAACGCCCAUCCUGGGCAGCGCCACGUCGUACCACAUCUUGCCGCCUCAGCAGCACCAGCAGGCGGUGCAUGUGGUGCGUCCAAUUUGGCCAACGCACCACAUUGUGCGGCCCAUCAUUCAUGGCGGCGCAUAUGCUCACGGGCAUGGUCAUGGCUGGCUUUAG